AUGGGGCUGCUGGCGUUGCCAUUGUGCCCUCUUUGUCAAGGAUCUAUAAGUCCCAGAAACGAUGAGCACCACAACGGAUGGGUGUGCCACCGUCGAUCAUGCCGAACUGGGCCAUCGAACGAAACAAAGGUGUAUGUUCCAGCUCAAAAAGGCUCCUUCUUCGAGAAGUCGAACCUCGCAGAGUCGGCCGUGAUUGCGCUCAGCUACUGCUGGCUGCGCGACAUGGAUACCGUGAAGGACAAGGUUUACGAACUCAACAUCGGUCACUGUAGUGUUGACCAGUGGGAGCAGCACUUUCGCGACGUCUGA